AAACGCCCCGUGCAAGAGGAAAAAAAGGAAAACUUAAGUGACUCUGAAUAAUAAUAAUAAAGCGGCGCUGUUUAUCCAAAGAAGGUGGGUUGGACAUAGGCUGAAUUCUGCGCCAAACUUUUCUAAACUUCCCUUUCCUCCUCCCCUCACUAAACGUACCAGCAGUAUUGAGUCUACUGCGCCAGUUUCACCCUCACAGCACCGCCGACCAAGGUCAGCGACUGUGACCGCCCACGGGAUCUGUCAACGCGGCAGCAAACCUCCGCGGACCCCGGCAGCUUUUUUUUGUACAUAGGAGUUGGACUCUGGUUGAACAAACGACUCACCAUCGACUGCCGGCGUAUGGAUGGAGGAAAGCACAGUAGCGAAGGAGUGAAUGAGCCAAACAAACGUUAACCCAGCGUCAAGUUUGUGAACGUUUAAAACGAAGUGACAACCAUGUUGGGAAACCCAGGGACUUAUGCUAACAAGAAGAGGAAGAAGCCUGUACUCAAACAAAAGAAACCUUCUGAAGGCAAUGAAGUUGUUAAAUCAAACCCUUCAAAGCGACAUAGAGAUCGGCUGAAUGGGGAGCUGGACCGCCUGACGGACCUCCUGCCCUUUUCCGAGGAUGUUCGCUCUCGUCUGGACAAACUGUCAGUCCUUCGCCUCAGUGUGGGAUACCUGAGGGUCAAGAGCUACUUCAAAGCGACCAUGAAGAACAGUAGCAGCAGUCUGACACUUCCUGGGCUGAAUGGGCAGAAUGGGAACAACAUGGACACCACAAGCUUCUCUGAAGGGGACCUGCUGCUCCAGGCGUUGAAUGGGUUUGUGAUGGUGGUCACGUCAGAGGGGUUGGUGUUUUAUUCCUCUCCCACAAUCAAGGACUACCUGGGCUUCCAUCAGUCGGAUGUGGUUCAUCAGAGUGUGUUUGAUCUCAUCCAUACUGAUGACCGGGCCAUGUUCAGACAGCAGCUUCACUUUGGACUAAACCCCCCACCUAUUGGCGUGGAUGAAGAUGUCUCGCAGAGUUGUGGUAAUGCAGUGAUGUACAGUCCUGAGCAGCUUCCCCCAGAGAACUCGUCCUUCCUGGAGAGGAGCUUUGUGUGUCGCUUCCGCUGCCUCCUGGACAAUUCCUCUGGCUUUCUGGCUCUGAAAUUCCAGGGGCGACUGAAGUACCUCCAUGGCCAGAGUGUUUUGAGGGACAACAGGACAUGUAAUAAAUCUCAGAUGGCUCUCUUCGCCAUCGCUAUGCCCAUGCAACCUCCAUCUAUUGUAGAGAUCAGAGCAAAAUUGCUCCUCUUUCAAAGCAAGCACAAGCUGGACUUCACACCCAUGGGCAUUGAUAGCAGGGGGAAGAUUAUUCUGGGCUACUCGGAGACUGAACUGUGCAUGAAAGGCUCCGGCUACCAAUUCAUCCAUGCAGCUGAUAUGAUGUACUGCGCUGACAAUCACAUCCGCAUGAUUAAAACAGGAGAGAGUGGACUGACUGUUUUCAGGCUCCUGAGUAAGUCUGGUGGCUGGGUGUGGGUGAAGGCCAACGCCAAGCUGAUCUUCAAAGGAGGAAGACCUGACUUUAUCAUUGCAUACCAGAAAGCAUUAGCCAACGCUGAAGGUGAGGAGUAUUUGCGUCAGAGGAGGCUGCAGCUUCCCUUCAGCUUCACCACAGGAGAGGCUGUCCUCUAUAACACUGGCCACACAGUGGACAUCACACAGUUUCAGUUCAAUAAAAAGUUUAGCAACAGUAACGUGAACAAGGAUGUGAUCCCCGGCUCAUUGCUGGACUGCUUCCUGCGACAGGAUGAAACGGUCUACACCCAGACAGUGGACGUCCCCUUACCUGUGGAUCAGAUGUUCAUGGACAGCCGGGCCCUGGUCAGUGUUGGCAAUGACCCAUGGCAGGAAAUUGGGCCCACAGCCACCACAGGUGACCCUGUUGUAGUGAAAGACGAGGCCAAGGAGUCGGUGAUGGCUGUGAUUGACAACUUGGAAAAAAUGGCUCAAAAUGGUGACUAUAGUACAGCAUUGCAGAAACUGGAGCUAAAUGAUACAGAGCUGAUGGAAUGGGAAAAUGCUCUCAAAAGAUUAAGUCAGGGUGAGGAUCAGCAGAACAAUGUCAGGUCUGAGCUGGACAGCAUCCUCACAAAUGACAUAUUUGAAUACAUAGACUCAGUUUUGUUCAAAGAGAAGGGGGAGGAUUGUCUAAACGCCAGCCCCCCCAGCUGCCUCACAGUCAACAAUAAUCAUCAGGACCCUUUUACUCAGGCUGCCCGGUUCUCAGCCACUCAACUCUGUGAGCCACAGUUGUUUCCAACACCAAGUCCAGAUAAUAAUAAUUACUCUCCAAUAAAUGGACUCUAUGCUCACCAGCAGGAUAUAGGGCAAACUGCUCAGAUGUUCAACGGCACCCAGAAACUCUCCCACCAAGGUCCCCUAAUUGCUCAGGAUGAUACCAAGGUGCCCCCUCUUCAACAGCUGCAGCUCAAGGACAUUUUCAGCCCAUCAAUAGAGCUCCCAGACCUCACUGUCCCUAAUGCCUCAGCUGAUGAUACCGUAGCCCCCUUUCAGUCCUGUGGGCAGGUGUCCAUCAGCCACAUGGGCUGCCCUCAGGGGAUUUCUGGACAGACACAGUCCAGCCAACUCCUGCCAUGUCCUCAAAACAAUUUGCAGUCUCCUGCAAUGGCGGGAAAUGGACAGCUGCCGCAUAGUCCUGUUAAACAACCAAACAGUGUAGCACCCGGCGUAAUGGACAUUCUGCCACCCUUGAUUCCUUGCAAUGACUUUGCCACAGCUUGUGCGCAGGGAAGCACCCCUUUUGAAAUGCACAACCAUCAGGUUCAGCAGCGGCCGCAGAGCCAGCAGCAGAAACUGCCUCAUGCUGGCACCAUGCAGAACGGACAUGAGCCGGUGCCAGCGUGUCACAGCCAAACAUUCCCACAUACUGGCCUUUGGCCAAGGAGUGUCACCGGACUGAACCAUACGCAGCAGGGGGGGCUGGCUUGUGGCCAGGCAGCUACUCGUAGCAGCUGCAUGUUCGACCAGCACUUUUCUUCCAGUCCAGCAGGGGGCAAUGUUCUAGCUCUCUCUGGGUCUUCAGGUCUGAGGGAGGCAGAUCAGAGUCCUCCUCGAGGUUCCUGCUAUUUCCAGUGUAGCCACAGUGAGUCUAUGGUGGGCACAUCAGCCAUAAACCAGGAGAACAUCAGCAUCAUGUCCCCCACAGAACAUGCACUCAACAUUCAGCACUACCUGGAAAACCAGACACAGCAGGAUGAAAGACUCUCAGCUGAGCUCAGUGGAAUUUUUGCUACUCCUGUUCAUGAUAUAGCCUUGUACCUGACAGAGUAGAGUCGAGUCCUGUUUUUAUUGCUGUUGCAACAACUGCAGGAGGAGGACAAAACACAGUAUAUUCUGCCUGCAUCAGUGCUCAUCCUCUGACUCUACAUCCUUAUCCUUGUGUUAUUGUAAUGUUUUAAAUGGCUUUGUAUCAUAUUUACUUUGUCCAGUCUGUAAUGUUUAAAAGCUGUUGCUUGUCAGUUUCUAGUGAAGAUACACUAUAAUAAUAAUGAAGUAUAAAGCCGCAAGUGCAUGUACCAGGAUGGAGCUUGAGCCAGCAAGGAGGAUCAGUCAAGUGGAUCCAAAUAGCCAAAGAAAUAUGUUUUUAUAAGGGAAACCACAGUUGUCAUGUUCCUGUUUUCAGCCAGGCACAUCCAUUCAUUUCCCAAACUUAAAUAUGUAAGAAUACUAAAAACAUUGACAUGAUGUUUUUAAUAUAAUCAGUCUGAACUUUGAUGCUGACAAAGUGGAGGCUUUUUCUAAAGGAGGUUGUUAUCAUAAAUGUAAAAAUGGGUAUUAAGAAUCACUGAAAGUGACAGCUACCUGAAAACACAGCUGUACCAUAAAUAUUAUUACAGAUAAAAUAAUCUGUAUAUUUUAAAUGUGGUUGAUGUAAGUGUAUAGAUACAAGCUGUAAUUCACUGUGUAUUAUAUUUGUUUUACCAGAAGCUCUGCUUUGGCUGACAAAAGAUUUGUAUGUACAGAAUGCAUCAGCACGAGAUACAUGUUUUAGUGCAGUAUAAAUGUGCUUUUAUGGAGAAUACUUUUUAAUUGGGGAUCCCAAAAAUUCAGAUGUCAGAAAUUAGCAGAGAUUGUCAGCAGAUUACCCAUCUGAUGGUCAGAUUUGUUCUGCUUGCUGCUACUGUCAGGGAUGCAAACAUUUUGAUUUGCUGCAUUAUUUCCACUUCAGUACUAAAACUGAAAAAAAAAACAUAGCUGCAGUUGAGAUUAUUUGAAUACACUGCUGCUAUUUAAGACCUGUACUUGUGGGCUAUUUUAGAGAUGCAUCUUUCUCAUACUGGUAAAGCAGUUGCACUAAUACAUACAGUAAGUCCUGUGCCAGUUAGCUUUAAAAAAAAAAAUCAGCCCAUCAAAUAUCACACUUCUCAAACAAAUGUUUUUGGUAGUCGUGCCAUCAUCAAGGUGGUACAGUAGCACCCAAAACCUUGCAGUCUUGAGAAAUGUAAUGAUGCAUUUAUGUCAACAAAAUGCUCAGUGAUUGCCAGAAAGAAAGCCUAUAAGAUCUGGAGUAUGGCAUGAUUCACAAUAGAUGCCACACUGAUGAGGUUUCACCUUGUCCUGUCUUAAAAGUACAUGUUUGAUGAAAGCUGUGUCCAAAUUCAUGGGCUGCCUCCUUUGAAUGAUGCAACCAAUGAAAGUAGGUCCACAGUGAAUAUUUGGUCAUUCUGGUCACCAAAACUAAUAGUGCAUUCAAGUGCUCCUCAUUAACUUGAUGGAAGACAAGUUUAAAACCUUAAUAUGCAUCACUGUAAGUUUGACCUUAAAGUUUACAGUGCAGGUGAUGUUUACUGUGUAAUCACGUGUGACCAACAGAAUGCAGAUGCCUCAUAGAUACAAUGUGUAAUCAACUGACUUUACAAGAUAUUGAGAAUAGCCUGAAUCCAUUGUUAAACAACUGAUGGAUGGAAGUCUUUAAGCCUUUGAAAUAGGAAAGCCGUUAUAUUUUGCUGUUGUUGAGAUUCAGACUUCAAAGGAUGCAGUCCCUGAAUCGUGACACAGCAGAUGAAUAAAAACAGCCUCCAUACUUGCUACCUAGAGACAUUCAGUCAAAGAUGCAGGUGAAUUUGCAGCUGCUCUUGCCCAUAACAUUCAUGGUUUCUAACAUAUUUAUAUUUUACAUUACCCACACUGAGCCAUAUCCAGUAUAACCCUAUAAUUUUUCUUGUGCCUUCUUGCUAAAUAGGCAGCUGAAAAAUAUCUCCAUAUAAAUAUAUCUGUGCCUUCCUGUAUAAAAUUAUAUUUUACUCAGUAGCUCUUGUUUUUCUAAGGCAAUCAUUUAGAGGUGCACUAAUUUAAGGGAAGCCGUGGCCAUAGAAGAUACAGUAUCCUUUCUGUAUAUUAAUAAGAUUGUAUCCUUAAGUGCAUUUCAAGGCUCUGAGGAAUUCCUUAAAGUCCAUUUUUCCAUUUUACACAAACGUCCUUAACAAUGGAAACAAGGGAAAACUUCAGUCGUAACAUAUCUCUACAGAGAUAUUAAACAUGCUUUCAUUAAUUAAUGAACAGUGAAAAUGUAUUUCAAGAAUGUGGAGAUACUGACUGGUUUUACAGUGCUUUCAGAUCAUAUUUACUUAGUUGUGUCUGUUUCCUGUUUGUGCUGGUCAGUCUAUUUUGGCUCCUUUUUUAAAUCUGAUAUUCACCAGAUGUUUGUAAUAUCCACACACUACAAAAACAACAUUAAUUUAAGGUUUGGAUGAACCUGAGCGAGAACAGCAUUAACAUGACAGUUUUACUGUAUUCCUGCUGCAGUUUGAUAUCACUCAGUAUUUUACCUUUCCUUAAGAAUCUAUUGUAUAUGUACCUGUAAGUAUAAUACCUAAAAAUUGAAAAAUUACAGAAAAAAAGAACCUAAAAGUCUAAGGGCACAGAUUAACAUGGCCUUCUUUUCUCUGUCCUGGUCGCUCAUUGUUCUUUGUUGUGAUGAAAGAGCAGUGACGGAAACAUCCCUCUUCCUCCUGUAAGAGGAUCUCAGCAUGAAUCGGACUGUGGAGGCUAAAAAAGGACAGCCUAUAAACCUUCUUUGAUGUUGGACUUUGAUAUGGACAUGUCAUGACCAUAGCCACUCUGAAAACCCUGGAGCCAAAUGUUUUAUUCACAGCGGUGUUGAUAUUUUUAAACUAACAUGCCUUGGUAGUUGCCAUAUUUCUGUUAUUUGCUGAAAAAAAAAAAAGAAAAAAAAAAAGAAAAAGAAAAGAUAUGAUAAAAAAUCACAACUAUUCAGUUUAAUCCACUUUUAUUUAGCCAAGCAGUUAUAUUAUCUAUAUCAGAAUGUAUGUUAAACAAAUAACCAGCCUUUGUCUACUGUUAAAUGUUUUUUCAUAAAUAUAUGUGUGCAAUGAUUCGGA